GAGCAUCACACACGCGCCACCUCCUCCCUCCUGACGAGCCAAGCUCUUCUCACUGUGUUGGCUCGUGCCACCCUUACCCACUACAGCAACGACAACAACAGCGCUGGGGUGUGUGGUGAAAGGAGAGCAAUACUGUGAGAGGGUCGUGUCCACAAGAACACUGCUUAAAGCCAACACUACGGGUUGGAGAUCAUGAAUACUGUUAGUGUCUUACCUAGUCGCGAGGAGCUGGCCUGUCACCGGACGCUCCUUAUUUAACAAGGACCCUUAGCAGCUUAUUGUGUUGUGAUAUAAGAGUGAAAAGUCACGGAGUGGAGGAGAAGAAACUAAGUUACUAUGUUGUGUCGGACUACGGGUUUAGAGAUAUCAUAACAUCCACAGCUCAAGAUUAAGAAAACCUCUUCAAGUCUAACAUUAAGCUACAUCACUGUUCCCAUUAUCCAGUGCUAUUAUAGACUUAACAUGAAAUAAAAAACACCACGAAGAGUGAAGCGGUGCCAAAACGUGUAAUUACGGCAAUCACAACAAUGACGCAACCCUGAGAAUGUGUAGUGUCUAUUAAACCUCUCGGCGUCGGGAGUGUGAUGUUGUGAGGAGGAAGUGGUGAUGUUGAGGUUUGUGUUGAGGCAGAUCUGAUGUGUACUGGGAUGUACUGAAGGGAUGUUGAGUGUGUAUGUGUGUGGAGCAUCAGAGUCUCUGCCAUCCACCUGUCUUGUGAGGAUCACUGUGAGACCUCAACGCGCGGUCAGACCUUCUUGCGAGUCGAAGCUUCAGCACCAGUAUAAUACACAUGAUUUAUUCCCCGAUUAUUCAGUGAUUUAAGAUUAUACGAUGCAAGCGGAUGAACUCAGAGCACUUUGCCAAUUCAUUGCAUCAAAAGAUCAGACUCAAGGUCCGCCAUGGGAUUAUGCUACUAGUUAUUGUGUUUUACUGCCAUAAGAAAUUAAUUAAAGAUGAAAGUACGUUGUUGUGGACUUUGAUAUUCGUGGGCCCAGGAAGUGAGUAAAGAGCAGUCCAAACAUGGCUGAUAGUGGGGACUUACCGGCCCAGUGUUGUGACCUUACGCACCCUGACUUGUUCUGUGCCCGUGUCUUACCUGACGAAGGGUCUACUCACCGUCCCCACUUCUUCACUGGUUCCGGGGACGACUUGAACCGGUUCACAGACACGGCCGGCCCUUCAGACACAGAUGAUUAUUCACAAGCGUUCACAGACAGGGUUAGUCAUCCAGACCUAGAUGGGUGUUCACGUGACUUCACUGAUGACACACUCAGUCAGCAAGACACAGAUGAUUGCACACUUACGUUCACAGACACGGAUGACUACUCGAAUCUGUUCUCAGAUGCAAUCAGCCAGACAGACACAGAUUUUUCCUUACAGACGUUCACAGACAAUAUCAGAAUUCCAAACAGGGAUGACCAGUCGUCUGCGCUCACAGGUACAACUGGUCACACAGACGCUGGUAGCUGCUCCCAUACUUGUACAGUCACAGUUCACCGACCAGACACCUUCACAGACCCCGCUCUUUACCCAAAUGCCUACGAUCACACCUUCACAGAUGGAAACGGCCACACACAGACUAUUCAAGCUACGGUCCACCACACAGACUCUAAUGACUGCCCCAACAUUUUUACAGAGAAUGGCGACUACCCUUAUUCUUCCACUGAUACGCUUAACUCACACAUAUCCACAGACAUAGAUGACCACACCACCAGAGAAACAGUUUGUAUAUUACACACCAAUAAAGACACGCAGCUGGAGACCUCAAAAGAGGUGACACAUCUGCACGCUCAGUCUCCAGCCGUCAUAGACUCAUCUCGCUACCAGAGUCAGUUCAUCUCGAGGAAACAUCCCCUGAUAGAUGCUCAGCACGGUCUCAAUCACCCACACCAUUCCAUAAUAGACGCAAACAACUACCACAGACCCCUGGAUGGGAUCACAGACACGAGCGACGAGGACUGUCGCCAACCAGAGGCCACUACAGACUCAAGUCAACAUAAGGAACAAAUUACAGACGAUGAGGAAGACCUGCCACCUUCCAUCAGUGACACAGACGAGAUGGAGCAACACGAGGAGCCUCCCACGAUAAGAUUAUCCGAGAGGAAGGUGAGUGAGGCUUCUGAUGGGGAUGUGGUCCAAGAUGAAGUUCCUCGACGUCUGAGCUUCAUAAAGGCUGCUCCUCGCCGUCAACUAUCCCACAACGUGAUGUUUGGACGCAGGUUGUCCCACGACGUGACGCUUAAACGCAAGUUUUCCCACGAUAUAACAUUGAGGCGCAACUUGUCCCAGGAUGCACUCCUCACUCGUCAGCGGUCCCAAGAAGAACUUCUCACUCGCCAGCGGUCCCAGGAUGCCAUACUGACUCUGGGACGUCAGGCACCCCGGGAAGGAACCACUGACAGGUUGCUACCUCCUCUGCGACGACUCUCUGACCUCCGCAACCUGACGCUGACCCUGGGUCUCCAGAUUCAUGGCUCCUUUCUUAACCUCGCUACUGAAAAAUCCCGCAAACAGUCGGACCAGAUGGUGUCGCUGAGCUUCAAGUCCCUGGAGUCAUACAUUUCGGAGGACAACUUGACUGGCCUGCAAACCUUCCUGGCUACCCGCACUGUGGUUAUUGAUGACAGGGAUGAGAAUGGUGCCACCGCUCUCAUCGUCGCCGCUAGCAAGGGCAAGCCUGAAUUCUGCAACCAGUUCCUCCUCCACGGUGCAGACGUUAACAUUGAAGACAACGACCAGUGGUCGCCCAUCAUCACAGCAGCCAAGGAAGGCCAUGUGGAGACUGUGGCAACACUUCUGGACCAUGGCGCCAAUAUCCAUCACAGAGAAUUGGGUGGGUGGACGGCAGUCAUGUGGGCAUGCUACAAAGGUCACACUGCUCUGGUCAAGAUGCUACUGGCACGUGGUGCAGACCCCAACACUCAGGGUCAACACCACAUGACCUCAUUGGUGUGGGCAGCUGGACGAGGUCACACAGAGAUCGUCCAUGACCUGCUGGAGCAUGGGGCCAAGGUUAACAUUGGAGAUAAAUUUGGAACGACUCCACUAAUCUGGGCGUGUCGUAAAGGAUUUUAUGAGAUUGCUAGAGAUCUAUUGCAACAUGGGGCAAACGUGGAUGCUUCUGGCAUGUAUUCAUGGACCCCCUUGCUGGUAGCCACACGGGGUAACUACGUGGAUCUGGUUCAUCUUCUACUGGAGCACCGUCCUAACCUCAAUGCUUUGGACAAAGAUGGAGGCACAGCUCUUACUAUUGCUUGUAAGGAGGGUUACACAGAGAUUGCGAAUGCUUUACUUAACAGUGGAGCCUAUGUCAACAUGCAGGAUCGGAAUAGUGAUACAAAUCUUAUUUAUGCUGCACGUGGAGGUCACCGGGCGGUAGUGGAGUCGCUGCUUAAGAAAUACUGUGAUGUAGAUAUGGUGGGCAAGGAAAGGAAGACAGCGCUAUACUGGGCAGUAGAGAAAGGUCAUACAGCAGUUGUCAAGGUUCUCUUAAGUGCAAAUCCUGACCUCGAACACACUACUAAAGAAGGGGAUACCUGCCUUCUACGAGCAGUCCGUAACAAGAAUGCGGAAGUGGUGCAGCUAUUAGUAGACAAAAAGACACGGGUGUCAGUUGCCGAUAAGAAAGGAGACACUGUAUUACACAUUGCCAUGAGAGGCCGGUCGAAGAGAAUAGUAGAAAUCUUGCUGAGAAAUCCUAAAAACAGUCAGCUGUUAUACCGUCCAAAUCGAGCUGGUGAGACUCCAUAUAACAUCGACCUCUCCAACCAGAAAACCAUCCUUGGCCAGAUCUUUGGAGCACGUCGUCUUAAUACCAAUGAGGACAAUGAAAACAUGUUGGGUUAUGACCUGUAUUCAUCAUCUAUGGCCGACAUCCUCAGUGAACCGUCUCUCUCUAUGCCCAUCUCUGUUGGCCUUUAUGCAAAGUGGGGGUCUGGCAAGUCAUUCCUUAUUCGCAAACUGAAGGAGGAGAUGGGGAGUUUUGCCCGUCAGUGGGUAGAGCCAUUGUUUCAGUUCUCCCCACUGGUGCUGCUGCUAGUAGUGCACCUUUCACUGCUAUUGGGACUCAUUACUGCAGUUCCCACAUUCUCCUGGGCCGUGGGUGUGGCAGUAGGGGGUGGAAUCUUCGUUUCAUUAACCCUCUUCCUUGUUGUUGUUUGGCAUGGUUCCAGGAGGUACGAAUGGCAUUUAUGGUACAGGUGGAGUGUAUCACUGGAAAGACAAAUGGCAGCCUUCAAGCUGGUCUUGCAGGUUAUAUUCUGCUCACCACCAGGAUCACAGUGGAAAGAAUGGAAGGAUGGGGUGCAUGCCAGACCUCUCAAGUUCAUCUUCGCUGAAGGUGCUAAACCCAGCAGUACAGCGGCAGGAGAGAAUUCAGUGGUUCAGAUGUUGGGAUCCCUCUUUGAUAUGGUUGAGAGAGAAUAUGGAUUGUUUGCUACGAGGUUUUAUAGAGCCUUCCGACCUAAAGCACAGGGUUUAUCGGCUCCAUGGAAGUACCGACGUUUGUGUGGUGUUCCAUACAUCUUUAUCUUCUUUGUCACUCUCAUUUGUUUGCUGACGGUUGGAGUUAUUGCUGGACUCUUUGGUUUUCAUCCUGAAACUCCUGUUGAAGCGGAAGAGAGACAACAAUUGAAUGGCGCAGAGUCCAUUGGGAAUUUCCAUGAAGAAGAAGAUGAUGAUGACGAUGAUGAUGAUGUCAGUGGUGAAUCCAGUGAAGAAAGCGAAUAUAUUGAUCUGCGGCCGUACCAUGGAGCGUUAAUGAAUCCAUUACUCAUUACUCUGGGUGUGCUGGCGGCUGUAGUGGUGGUGGCCAACCUUCACACUCUAGCCCGUAUGGUUGGCUCUCUCAUCUUCUCUCACCGCCGACACCUUCUCCGUGCUGUGUCCAAACUUGACACCAUCAAGGCAGAGGGCUACUUGCAGACUCUCAAGAAUGAGGUUAAUCUCAUGGUGGAAAUGGUGAAGUGCCUGGAUGCAUUUACGGCCCAGCAGACACGUCUUGUGGUCGUUGUGGAUGGCCUUGAUAGCUGCGAACAGGAGAAGGUGCUGUCGGUCCUUGAUGCCGUCCACACACUCUUUACAGACUCCUCUGCACCAUUCAUAAUUCUCCUCGCCAUUGAUCCACAUAUCAUCACUAAAGCCGUGGUAGCCUCGAGACAGCAGAAGGUACAGAGGGAUCACAGACCCAUGGCUAUAGAGCUGCAUGUCCACCGGGUGUUCAGUGAGUCAUCCAUUAGUGGUCAUGAUUACCUCCGGAAUAUUGUCCACCUGCCCUUCUACCUUCAAAAUUCAGGACUACGUAAAGUGAAGCAAGCACAACAGGCGGCAGAGAGAAUGAGAGGUCGUUCACAAAACACAUGGUUGGAAGUGGAAACAGAUUCUGUUAGCAUUGCUACAACAUCAGCCAUGGGCGGUAUCAGUCAUAUACCAUUAAAUCGGUGUUUAUCAACUGAAAGCGGAUGCAAUUUCACUAUUCCUGCAAACCGUCGAAUGUCUUCUGAAAGUGGUCUGAGUUCAUCUCAGAACCUGAGACGCAACAACAGCAAAAGCAGCCGUAGGACUCUCAAGCCCUCUGAUUCCAUCGCCUCCAGCAUAGGAUCUAAUUUGAACCGUGUCGGAGGAGCACAAGACCUCACCAAGGUUUUAUUGACAGAUGACUAUUUUAGUGACAUCAAUCCUCGCUCAAUGAGAAGAUUAAUGAAUGUUGUAUAUAUCACUGGAAGAUUAUUAAAAGCAUUCCACAUAGACUUCAAUUGGUACCAUUUAGCGUCGUGGAUCAACAUCACAGAACAGUGGCCUUACCGUGCUUCCUGGCUUAUCCUCUACUAUGAAGCCAAUGAAGAUACAUUGGAAGAUAAAACCUCUUUGAAAGAUCUCUUUGAAAAAAUCAAGAGUCAGGUGCCAGUAUCAAAAGACAUAGAGCCUCUAUUAGAAAUGGACAAAGAAGAGAAGAAGUUUGAAAUUUUCUUAUCAAUGCACAAAAGCUCUUUACACAUCUCAGACCUCAAAGUGUUCCUUCCCUUCACCAUAAACCUGGACCCCUUCAUUAGAAAGGUAAUCAAAGAAGAUCAGCCACAGUUUGACGACAAUGGCCCACAAUUUACUGCACACACACCCAACCCCUGGACGUUCCAACCGUAUGAUGCUCAGAGUAAAUCAUCCUCCACUGCAAGAAGAUUGCAGCCAUUAAGAGGUAACCAAAAGAAUUCAACUGCCAGCUUGCCUCCAAUGAAUCCAAUGUUAUGGGGCUAUGGACCAACUUUCAUGCCUUCUAUACAAUCAGCUCCAUCAGUGGAUUUCAACACUGUCCCCAUGAAUGUCAACGCAGCUAUCACCUCUGGUCACACAAGCUUGCCGCCUGAGGCAGCUGAUAAAAAGCUGUCAACAUUAACCAUUGAGAGCUUGUUUGAUAUCUUCAGUAAAGUGGAAGGUGUAUCAGCAACCAUGAUAUCAAAUUACAAGGAUCGCUUUGUUGAACACAAUAUUAAUGGCAAAGUCCUUUUACACUGUGAUUUAGAUGAUCUUAAGAAGGUGUUGAACAUGAACUUUGGUGACUGGGAAUUGUUCCGUAUGCUGGUACUUGGACUCCGGGACCGGGAAGCUGAUGAGGAUUUCAUCAGUAAAAAUGUGAGAUUUGCAGAUCCCCAGAUGCAGCAGUGUGGUAGUCAUGUUCCUGAAGAUAUGCUGGAUGACAGCGCAGAACCAAGUAGUCUGGCCAGCAGCAUGGAAGGGUCUCUAAUGCGACGGGGAUCAAGUCGGGCGUCUUCCACCCACAGCAGUAACAAGGAUCGCGAAGAUUCCCACAGUACAGUGCGUAAACUGACCAAGCAAAACCUACUAGCCAAGCAGCAGGGGGCACCAAGAAAACCUUCCCAGUCAUCAGUAAAGAGCAGAGAUGAUGGCAAUGAUGACAACACUGACGAAGGAAACACACACAACUUGCUGGAGGAGGAUGUCGUCUCUAAUUUCAUUAUUCCGAAAAUAGUCAUUGAGCAGGUGACAAUGGAGGAACAGUUGAUCUUUGGGGCACUGCAGACACUUAAUGAAGAAGCAUGUGAGGAUGUGUUGGAGGAGCAGGAGAAAAGGAGCGAUCAACCCCCCACACCCACACACCUUGCAACUAUACCCUCAGGCGAGUCGAGUGAAGGUGGGGGUCGUGUGGUGGGAAAUGAUGAAGUGGAUGUCAUGUACUUGCAGUCAUCACCAUUGGUCUCUCAUAGGGUUGUGUCAGCCCCAGUGUCGGAUGCUGAAUCUGCCGCACCUUCCCUUGCCUCCAGUUUCUCUCCUUACAAAUCUAAUAAUGCUUCCCUCUCAAGAGCAUCAUCCUUGCGGUGUUCUUCCACUUCAACUUCUCCCAAGCAUAGUGCUGUAGAGAGACCUCAAGGAAUAUCUCAGAAUGUUUCUUUCAGAACUGAGAAAUCAUUAAAAAGUUUUGAGCACAGAGAAGCAUCGCCAAUCAGAAGGAUAUCCUUAUCAAAUUCAUCAUCUCCAUUACGUCGUGAUCGACCACAAUCACUCAACUUGGGCGGUGGUAUCCGAGACCGAACAGCUUCAAGCCCUGUAUCUCCACAAACUGAUCAGUUACUCAAUGAUGAAGUCCCUUUAGCAUCUUUACCAGACCUUCCAGAAGCAGUUGCUGGGAUGAAACAUGUGUCUUUAGCUGAACAGUUUUCCUCUACCUCACUGGAGAAGCUGCGGCGUAUCAAGCACAAACUUCACCGUGCCCUUGGCUCUCACGAUGGUGCAAUUAGGGACUCUUCAGAUGAUGCAGAAACCUCUCCGCUUGUUCUGGCAACACCACCCUACAGCUGUACAACGCCAACUCAUACUCCCCCUACCCUCACACCUGAUGUUGAAAAUGCCCAUCCAUUGAACCAUUGUAUGGACACCAGCAGCCACCCCAUUACACCUCUCUUGCGCCAGGAUGCCCUUGAGACCUCACCCACAUCCCAAAUAACCUGUAAACUACCAUCAGUUGAUCGAGAAACUCCUGUAUGAAACACUAGAAUGAAUGCGAGACAUUUGCAAAUAUUUUCUGAAUAAAUAUUGCUGUUGGAAGUUUUCCAUUUAAAAAAAAAUCCAUAAAGGAGUAAAUAUACAAAGCAAAAACAAGGAAACAGCAUGCUGGAGGUUUCAUUACCAAUUUUACUUCUACUAAUGUGGUACUGUAAGCUUGGCAAAGAACAUUAGAGUGUGUAGGUCUAUAGCAAAUGGAAAGUUGUCCUCCUGUAUUGUAUAAGAUACCAACAUUUUGGAAAUUGUGAAAUACUAAACAUGAGUGAAAUUCCUAGUGAAUUUUUUCAUGCUAAGGGAAUAACACUGCUGGAUAAGAAAAAAGCUUGAAACAAGUAUUUUGUGAUAUAGGAAACAUGAAUACCCGAGGCUGUGACCUUAAGCAACAAUUUUAUUUCAAAGACGUUGUGUGAAAAGAGACUGGAAUUAAACUAUAAUGCAGUAGCUGGUCAUAUUUUACAAUAAAGUAUUAGAAUAAUAUUAAAGUCAAAAUACCUGUACAGUGGUCCCUCGGUUAACGACCACAAUUCGUUCCAGAAGGUCGCUCGUUAACCGAAAAUUUCGUCAAACGAAACCAUUGUUUCAAUGGG